AUGGCAGAACCAGAGAUUGCAUCAAGCUCUGGUGCUCAAAUCUCGGCUGAUCUACGGCGUCGAAAUGUCCCACGCACGGAGAAACCUAGUCCAGUGCCUGAUGUCACUGGAAAAAGCGACAAGGCGAUAAAAUUGGAUGGCCACUCUUUCAUCUCCGUGUUAGAUCACUGGGAACCUUUGAUCGUGCCCCUUUUAUUGACUGCUCUGUCAAUUUUCACCCGUAUGUACCAAAUUGGUCGGUCAAAUAUUGUUACCUGGGAUGAAGCGCACUUCGGCAAGUUUGGCUCGCAUUAUCUCAAGCGCGAGUUCUAUUUCGAUGUCCACCCUCCACUGGGCAAAAUGCUAGUUGGUCUGUCAGGGCUUCUUGCUGGCUACAAUGGAUCGUUUGAGUUUAAAUCCGGCGAGAAAUACCCCGAAGACGUGAAUUACACAUUCAUGCGUGUCUUUAAUGCUGCGUUUGGCGUGGUCUGCGUGCCACUUGCAUACUACACCGCGCGAGAACUUGGAUUUCGCAGGGCCACUGUUUGGCUAAUCAGUUUGAUGGUGCUGUUCGAAAACUCAUACGCCACUAUCUCUAGGUUCAUCUUGCUGGACUCCAUGCUUCUCUGCUUCACGUUCACCACAACAAUGUGCUGGGCAAAAUUUCACAAAUUACAGCAUGCCAGCUUUUCCAUUCAGUGGUUUACUUGGCUGGCUUUGACCGGCAUAAGCAUUGGCUGUGUCUGCAGCGUAAAAUGGGUCGGUCUUUUUUGCACUUCGAUUGUCGGUCUCUAUACGAUCGAAGACCUGUGGAAUAAGUUCGGCGAUCUCAAAAUGCCCGAGGCUGUUCUUGCAAAGCAUCUUGUGGCUCGCAUUAUUGGACUGAUCGUGUUACCGGCUCUGGUGUACAUCUUUUCCUUUUAUGUGCAUUUCUUGAUUCUGGAAAACAGUGGGCCUGGUGACGCCCAGAUGAGCUCUCUGUUUCAAGCGAAUCUCAAGGGCACCGAGGUUGGAAAGGACAGUCCGCUUGAAAUUGCCCUUGGCUCAAGAGUCACGCUGAAGAAUAUGGGCUAUGGCGGUGGGCUUCUUCAUUCACAUAUCCAGACAUAUCCGGAGGGUUCAGCUCAACAACAGGUCACUUGCUAUCACCACAAGGAUGCAAAUAACGACUGGUUCCUUUAUCCCAACCGCCACGAAGCGGAAUAUGACCCUAACUCCGCUCUGAGAUUUAUUGGCGACGGCGACCAUAUCCGACUCAUUCAUGGACAGACUGGUCGAAACCUACAUUCUCACGCCAUUCCUGCCCCUGUAACCAAGUCCCAACACGAAGUCUCCUGCUAUGGCAAUAUAACUAUAGGUGAUGAUAAGGAUCAUUGGGCAGUUGAGGUUGUUGACGAUGUGGCUUCCAAGGACCGAAGCAGGAUUCGAACCCUCACAACCUCGUUCCGCUUGCGACAUCCCGUCCUAGGUUGUUACUUGCGAGCCGGCAAUGUGAAUCUUCCGCAAUGGGGCUUUAAGCAGAUAGAGACGGCAUGUGUGAAGGAGAAUAGGCCUGGUGAUGUUUACACUCACUGGAAUGUUGAAUCUCACUUCAACGAGCGAUUACCCCCUAGUGACCCAGGAUCCUACAAAUCACCCUUCCUGAAGGAUUUCAUUCAUUUGAACGUCGCCAUGAUGACCUCGAACAAUGCUCUGGUUCCCGACCCAGAUAAACAAGAUGAUCUUGCCUCGAAAUUUUGGCAGUGGCCCAUACUCAACGUCGGUCUCCGCAUGUGCUCUUGGGAUGACAAUACAAUCAAGUACUAUCUUCUUGGUAAUCCAUUUAUCUACUGGGGCAGCACCUUCAGUCUCGGAGUUUUCGGGCUCCUGAUACUCUGGUACCUAGUCCGUUGGCAGCGAGGAUAUAAUGAACUCACCCAGGCGGACAUCAACCACAUCCACUACUCCGGUCUCUACCCAGUCAUUGGAUGGAUCCUCCACUAUUUGCCCUUUGUUGUUAUGGCGCGGGUAACAUAUGUUCACCAUUAUUAUCCAGCUCUGUACUAUGCCAUACUAACUUUUGGGUUCUGUGUUGACUGGCUCACCCAAAAAAUGAACAACAAGAUCCGAGGUGUGAUAUAUGCGUCCUUGUAUGCUGUUAUCGUCGGGAUGUUCGUUUACUUCAGAGUGAUUGUGUUUGGCAUCGAGGGCCCUAGUCAGGAGUGGAAUCAUUUGAACUGGCUCAGCGGCUGGCGGAUUGCAAAUUAA